AUGGCUCAGGCUAUAGCGCGUCUAAGCGUAUGUUUGCUCCUCCUUUGCGCUGUGAUAGUUGCAGAGGCGGGACCUCCAAAGCAAAAGAAAGUGAAAUGCAAAGACAAGAAGUACACAAAUUGUUACAAGGUGGACCAAUAUUGCCCUACUUCCUGCCCUCGCACGUGUGUGGUGGAUUGUAGCACGUGCCAACCUGUCUGUACCCCACCACCGCCACCACCUCCGUCGCCACCACCACCACCACCAAAACCGAAGAAGCUUUCGCCUCCUCCUAAGUCUCCUCCACACAGGUCUCCGCCCCCUCCUAAGAAGAGUCCUCCUCCUCCCCCUAAGUCCCGUCCUCCGCCGCCUCCUAAGAAGACUCCUCCUCCUCCGAGUGUCAUUACUCCCCCAAAUUCUCCUCCUCCUCCUUCUUCACCUACUCCUCCGCCUCCACAGGCUUCAAGUUCGGGAGGAAAGAGAGUUAAAUGCAAGAACGAGAACUACCCUCACUGCUAUGGUAUGGAGCAUAGUUGUCCUAGCGGCUGCCCAGAGCAGUGUGAGGUUGACUGCGUUACCUGCAGUCCCGUUUGCGACUGCAAUCGACCUGGCGCCGUGUGCCAAGACCCACGAUUUGUCGGCGGAGAUGGCCUCACCUUCUACUUCCACGGCCAAAAAGACAACGAUUUCUGCAUAGUGUCCGACUCCAACCUCCACAUCAAUGCUCAUUUCAUCGGGAAAAGAAACGAAAACAUGAAGAGGGAUUUCACUUGGGUACAAUCUCUAGGAAUCCUUUUUGACACUCACAAACUCUUCAUCGGCGCCAGGAAGACAUCGACGUGGGAUGACGCCGUCGACCGCCUUUCUCUCGCCUUCAACGGCGAACCGUUAUACCUCCUCGACCGCGAAGGCGCUAAGUGGGAGUCCAUAACAUCUCCACGUGUCGCAAUCAGAAGGAUUCGCGACACCAACUCUGUCGAGAUCGAGGCCGAAGGGAAUUUCAAGAUCAAAGCAACUGUGGUGCCUAUAACGGAGAAAGAUUCACGCGUUCAUAAUUAUGGGAUCACACAAGAGGAUUGCUUCGCGCACCUUGACUUGAGCUUCAAGUUUCACUCGCUGAGCGGCGAAGUUAACGGUGUUCUGGGCCAGACUUAUGCGAGCAAGUAUGUGAGCAGGGUGAAGAUGGGCGUGCUGAUGCCUGUUUUGGGUGGCCAGAGAGAAUUCUCAUCUUCAAGCCUCUUUACCACAGAUUGUGCUGUAGCAAGAUUUACUGGGCAGUUUACAGAAGGAAAUUCUUUGGAGAAUUCGGAGUAUGGUAACCUGAAUUGCGCUAGUGGAAUGGACGGCCGUGGAGUAGUUUGUAAGAGAUGA